AUGAAUCAGACAUCAUCACCAGUGCAAUUCGCUCCGCAACAGUCCCCUACGCUCGUUCAUUCUCCUGUGUCACAGGAUGAUGCGUCGACACAUUCGAUAGCACGGCCGACGGAGGACACGGCACACCUCCAGAUUCCGACAGCCAACGGCGGUGCCGCGCCUACCACUAGUCUCUCGAGUCUGUCCCCCACGACGUCAAAUUCGGGCGCAGCUGCGCCUAAAGAACUUGCGAAGAAGGGCAAAAUGACGCACCGUCUGACUCGAAUGUUUUCUCGGUCCGACCCCAAAGACGUCGAGGCCGCCAAAGCUGCGGCUGAAAUAAAAGAGACCUCUCCCGACGCUCGUCUGGAAAACGGCCACCUUCCCAACGGCAGACCUCCCUCUGGUAGACAAGGUUCGAACGACGAAAAGAACGCCCGAAAGAUGACUAUCCUCGGUACGACAAAAGAGAAGAGUAAGGGUGAAUCCCUGUCCGAUCCCACUCAUGCUGUCCACAAACGAUUCGAGCUACAUGAUGACGGCACUCAUGCACAUUACCUCAAGUCGGCUAAACGGCAGGAGAAGUUGUCCGAUAUGCUCCGCGACAUGCUCGGUGGCGGCAAGAAGAAGGACCAGGACGGUGCUGGUGAUCAACAGUUGACUCUGAUGUCGUCGUGGGUUGACCAACUCAGGUCGGAGAAGGACAAUCUUGCCUCUGACAAGAAGGGCGGACCAAACGCCACGGCCAACUUGGUCGAGAAAUACGGAAAAUGCCAGGAAAUCGUCGGCCGCGGCGCCUUCGGCAUCGUGAGAAUAUCUCACAAACCAGACCCUAACAGUGUUGGAGGAGAAUUACUCUACGCCGUGAAGGAGUUCCGCCGCCGUCCUCAAGAGACGGCCAAGAAAUAUCAGAAACGCUUGACCAGCGAAUUCUGCAUCUCAUCGUCUCUCCGCCAUCCCAACGUCAUCCACACCCUUGAUCUUCUACAAGAUGCUAAAGGGGACUAUUGCGAAGUCAUGGAAUACUGUGCCGGUGGAGAUCUUUAUACACUGAUUCUCGCUGCCGGCACUCUCCAGGUCCUCGAGGCAGACUGCUUCUUUAAGCAGCUGAUGCGUGGUGUCGAAUACAUGCAUGAGAUGGGCGUGGCCCACCGCGAUCUCAAGCCCGAAAAUCUUCUCUUGACAACACAUGGCGCUCUCAAAAUCACCGACUUUGGGAACGGCGAAUGUUUCCGUAUGGCUUGGGAGAAGGAAGCCCACAUGACAGCCGGACUCUGCGGGAGUGCUCCGUACAUCGCCCCUGAAGAAUAUAGUGGCGGCGAAUUUGAUCCUCGCGCCGUGGAUGUUUGGGCUUGUGGUGUCAUCUACAUGGCGAUGCGAACUGGUCGGCAUCUGUGGCGGGUCGCCCGCAAGGAAGAAGAUGAAUUCUACCAGAGAUAUCUCGAAGGGCGGAAAGAUGAGGAGGGAUAUGCUCCGAUCGAGACUUUGCACAGGGCUCGUUGCAGAAAUGUCAUCUAUUCGAUCCUCGACCCAAAUCCUGGCCGCCGAAUCACCGCAUCGCAAGUGCUUAAAUCCGAGUGGGGCAGAGAGAUCAAAGUGUGCAAGGCAGGCGAAGAAGGCUUCUGA